AUCUCAGCCCCUCCAGCUCUCUCUCUCUAGUGCCCUUCUCUCUCCCUCUUGAAAAAACCCAUUUCCAACCCCAUCUCCCUGCUGCUCUCUCCCUUUCUCAGCCCCUCCAUCUCUCUCCCUCUCUCUCAAGUCGCAACGGCAACCCCCCUCUCCCUUCCAAUGUCUCUCUCCAACACAAGUGGCCAUGAAAGCAACGGACCGCAAGAACACACGGUAUGAAGAGAAAUUUCGAUUGGCCAUUUAUGUACUGCAGCAUGAAACUAUCCUUCUUCAGUAUCUUUUUCCGAUUCUAUUAUUUUUUCAAUGUAUAAAUCAAUGUACAUACAAAGAAUUUUCAUCAAGUUUGGGAACAGUUUGGAUGCAGAUUGAUUGGCUGGUAUCUAUUGUUUGGCUGUUGGUAUCCUUUUGGGUUUUCUUCUUUUCCAAGGUUUUCAACAUUCCUAAACAAAAGUUAAACACAAUCCCAUCCUGGGGUCGGUUUUGGGCGAGCUUUGAGCAUUGCAUAUACGAAAUAGCUUUGCCACCUGCUAGUAUGAAGGCUUGCCCAUUUCUGAUUAAACAACAUGUGCAUUUGGGCUGAGGAUCACAACUUUGAUCCAUGGCUAACUAUUAGUAGUGAGAUUUUGUAGAAGAAUGAUCAAGUAGGUCGACCAAUCAUGUAGGAGAAAUGUUUGACUUAGUCAUGCUGAGAAUAAACAAGCCAGCCAGUACACAAUACAAUCCAUAAGAGACCCCUCAUGGUUCACAACUUUGAAACGUGCUCUGAGUCUGCUCAACCUUACUUGGCUAGAACAUUUGAGUUGAGCUUUUGAGUUCUUGAACUAGAUUGACAGGAGCGUGGGUGCAAAGCUAUUUCAUAUCUGCAAUGCUCAAAUGUUGAAAACUCUGUAGUAGUGCAGUAGAGGUGCAAUGUAGUAGGUUAUGGCAGCUGAGAGUUGGCUUGUUCCUUUUGGA